AGGCUCAAGCUCAUUUAGAAUUUGCGCGUACCGUGCGAGGUUGCGCUCGCGCGAUGCAUCGCUUUCUUCGAUGGGGCGCUCGAUUCCCAUCCUCGAAGUCGAGCUGCGCUUCUGGAGGCGUGUCCGCGUUCAUUAGCAUUGGGCUAGCAGCCUACGUUGCAGCUCCGCAACAGUCCCGCAGCCGUUGUGAUGAUGUUCCUGAGCGAUUGCCGUCCUUGGUGCAAAGGUUGCCAGGCGGUUUGCCAAUUCUGGAUCAGAUGGCCUGGUGGGCCUCUGCUCGUGAAUCACCAACGGCACAGAAGUUGCGAUCUUUGCUUCAAGCUGGCGGAGUGGCCUUUUACGAUGCUGAGUGCCAUUUCGUCAAAGCACCCAUGGUAGCCUUGGUGGCUGUAGGAGGGAUUCCUGUGCGGACUUCGGGAGAUUCACUCGACUUGUUGCUUGGUGAGUUGGCCAUACCCGUGCCACUGGAAAGUAUUCGCUCUGCUUUGAAGAGCCAGAUGGGGAUGACAGCAAUGUUCUCCUACCUCAAUAGGCGAGGCCUGGAGCCAGAAGAAAUGUGGGGCGUAGUGUCAAAGCUGGGCCACUUUUCAGUUGGCCACACUGCUCAUUUGUCCUUCGUACUGGCGGGGCACAGCUGCGCGGUGGAAAACGAAAUCAACAGCCAACGAGAUGUUGUGCACCUCGGCCGUCUGACCGUUGCCAGAACACGGUCUCAGAAAGAUCCGCCGCUUGUUGUUCAGCGGCCCGAGCUUCUCCCUGUGUUCAAACAGGUUCGAGAGCAAGUGCAGGCAUGGACAAAAAAACGUUGAGGGCCCAUUGCCUGCGCUCGCCGCAGGCUGCAAUUCUAUCGCAGGUAGCCGAAAGACCCGAUGCCGUCUCAGUGCAAGACUGGCAAGAGGCAUUGAUUCUUGGCGGCGAUUUCCUUCGAUCUUGGCGCAGAGCAGACAGCAUGAUUGGAGGUACAUCGGAUGGCCAGCUGCAAAAGCCCACGUGGCUGUACUGACUGGCAGCUUAAGAAGCUUGCAGAAACUGUGCGCUAGUAUCGAUGAUGAUGGGACGCUUGGUGAAAUUGGGAUGAAACUUGCAACCAUUUGAAUUGCUGACAGAACUCAGUGCCGCAUCAGCUUCUUGAGCGCAUGCUUGUAGAGGUGCAAAUCCUUUCCAAGGAAAGAGACGGAAUAUCGAGCGCUUCUUUGGCAAAUCGCGACAGCGUGCCAUUUGCUUCUUCCUGAUAUGUUUCCAGAUCCUGCCAAGACGUACAAGUGGCGGCCACCCUCGCAUUUGCUACCCUGAAGCCGCUCAGUCAGACUCGCUUACUUCUCCACUAGAC